GCACCGCGCGACCGCCUUGCCGGCUCGCCGUAUUUUUAUACGAUCCUUUUUAUAUAAUUUAUAUAAUUAUAUAAUUGUUAUACAACCCCGUAGGCUAGAGAAUAGUGUCUUAUUGUGGAUUGUUUGGUUUACCCUGAAUCAAGAAAUAUCAUCGGUAACAACGGUCCAAAAACAAAUUAUUAUUUACAUCCCUGAACCAAGGAGCCAAGACUGAAAAGGGAUCAAUGAUUGAAACAACGGAGAAGAAGCAGCAACGAAUGUUCUGGUCCCUCAACACUACGCUUUAUAAGCAAUAGAACGUACAAGCAAAGAUUUAAUUGAAAUAGAUUAGUUUUAGAUGAAGAUGUUUUAAAUGAUCCCUAUGAAGUAAAUAAUAUAUUAUAGAAAUUGAAACUACCUAAAUAUAAACCUGACAAUACUAAAAUCCCAAUCCAUAUCAUUUGGUUUGUAAAAUUCGUCAAUUGAACACUUUUUUAAAUGGUCUCAUUAUAUUUUGAUGAAUAGACUCAGAUGUUCGAAAAACUGUAUUGUAUUCAAUAAUUGCCGAGCGAAGUGAAGUGUAAAUUCUAAAUUACUGGUGCGAACGUUGUGAUCAAAGCAAUGGGUACAUUUUGAUUUAUAUGUAAGACUCAAGACAUUCCAAAUACGUGAUAAAAUUAUAUCAAAUUACUUAUGACAUUCUAAUACAAUUCCAAUCAUAGAAAAAAUCUAAAAAAAAAAAAAAAAAUCCAUUUUUGAAGAGAAAAGAAAAAAGUUCUUAGAACAUUGUAGAGAAAAAUAUAUUUAUUCAAUUAAACAAAUAGAAAUAGUGUAAUUGAAACAAAAUUAGUGAUAAAAUUAGUGUUACAAACAUAUUGCUUUGGGCUGAAUCUAGAACUGGUAACGAAGUUAGCGUAUUCUUCGAAAUUUGAUUAUCAAAGGAAUCAACAUAGUGAUGAAGAAUUGGUCGAAGAACUACGUUAAAAGAUGUUAAUGAUAUAUCAAUAUUUACUUUAGAUUGAAGUAUUCUUAAUCAAAAAAUCACAAUUUAAUCAAAGACCUAGUGCAAACGGUAAUAAGAUUGCAGAUGAAAAUAACGCAUCUUAUAUUAAACUGUACUUGAGUUAACCGUGAUAAGCAUCUAAGUUUGGUCUGAAGUGGUUUUAAAAUCGGUUCGACAAGUGACUUCAGACCUAGUUUAAACUAUAACUAAGUUCAAGAUGACAAUCUUAAACCUUGAAUUCAAGUGUUCUUAAUCGUUGAUUCUUCAAGUGAAUUUGGACUUAAUGCUAACAGUAAUAAAGUUGAUAAUUAACAUGUGACUAUAAUAAACUUGAACAUGUACAUCCUAAACCUUGUAUUGAAGUGGUCUUAAAAUUUGACUCUCCAAGUGAAUUAGGACCUAAAUUGUACAGUAAUAAAGUUGAUAAUGAACGUGCCAAUGAAAGGGGGCCCAGCCCCGACGGUGGCGGUGGUGCCGGUGCCAGAGAGCGAGAUGGACGCGUUGCUGCUCGGGCGGACCGCGGUGAGGACAUUUGAUCAGUACAUGAGAAAUGAGCUGGCAGCGGCCACACCGACGCAGCGCAACUGGCGCGGGAUCCUCAUAGCCCUGCUCGUGAUAGCUGCAGUGCUGGGACUCAUCGUGUUCAGCAUAGCGCUGCUGACGCCGGGCGGGGACGGGGGUCGGCUGCGGGGGAGGAGGGCCACGCUGCGUGACGUCAUACAGCACCACUACAACCCGCUCAACGCUACCUGGCUCUCAGAUGAAGAACUCGUGUUCCGCGACCGCUGGGGCGGGCUGACGCUGUUUAACGUCAAGAACCUGACCACGCGGCUGCUCAUGAAUAAUUCCACUUUUAGAGAGCUGAACGCAGUGGACUUCAAGGUGUCGUUUGACCUGAAGUUUGUGUUGUUGAUAUCUGACGUGAAGCCAGGCUGGAGACACGCGAGACUCGCGAGAUAUCAUGUCUACGACGUCAACAACAGAAACAAGAUCCCUAUAUCGCCAGUAGAGGACGACCGCAGCGCGCCGCUGCUGCAGUACGCCGAGUGGGCGCCCACUGCGGGCGGAGGCCUGGUCUUCAUACACGACAAUGACAUAUAUUACAAGCCCAAGGUGCUGAAGACGCUGGUCUGCAGGAUCACGAACAAUGGCGUGCCGGGCGUGAUCUUCAACGGAAUGCCGGACUUCCUCUACGAGACGCAGGUGCUGCGCUUGGACCGCGCCAUGUGGUUCAGUCCAGACGGACAGACGCUCAUGUUCCUCAGCUACAACGACAGCCAGGUGCAGCAGCACAAGUAUACGUGGUACGGGCUCGACCAGCAAGAACCUCCGGCCUACCCCAGCAUUAGGACCUUGAGGUAUCCUAAGAUGAACACCAACAACCCAGUGGUUACAGUCAACGUGGUCAGCCUGAAGACACCGAAAUAUCUGUUCCCACAUCCGAUACAGUUUUCGUCGCAAGUGGACAAGACGUGGUACGUCCGCUGGACGAGCUGGAUCUCUGAGCGGCAGAUAGCUGUGUUGCUACUCAACCGGCCGCAGAACUACUCCAUCGUCAGCAUCUGCAGCGCGCAGACCUUCAACUGUCAGGACAUAUUCCGCGACACAACGGACGGCAGCCGCUGGUCGGGGCUGGGCGCGGAGCCGCUGGAGGAGUGCGGCUGGUGCGGCGGCGCCGCGCUGGCGGGCGCGCGCGCCGCGCUCUACACCACCGCGCCCGUCGCCGAGCCCGGGGGCAUCUGGAGACAUGCGGUCAGAUUGACGCAAGAUACCAAAACUGCACUGACACAGGGAAACUUUGAGCUGACGCAACUGCUUGGAUGGGACGAGAGAAGAAGUCUUUUAUACGUAAUGGGCACAGCUCCAGACAAACCCGGCGAACGUCACCUCUACCGAGUGUCGGUCCCAGCAGACGAAAGUAGCUGGCCACCACCCGUCGCCUGCCUCACCUGUCCUGACGCUGACAUACUGCCCGAGGACAGCACGCAGGAGCCCACUAGCGAAAACCCGGACGGCGAAAACGCCACAUCGUCAGUCCCGCCGUGGCCGACGUCCACAGUGCUGCCGCAUGUGGCCGAUGAGAACGACUCCUUGCCCACUGUCUGUCUGUACAACCGGAUUACUUUCAGCAAGAAUUUCUCUUACUAUAUACAGGAGUGCCUGGGCCCGGGCCCGCCGUCGGUGGCGGUGGCGGCGGCGCGCGGCGCGCGGCGCGCGCUGCUGUGGGACGGCGCGCCGCUGCGCCGCAAGUUCGCGGACCUCGCGCAACCGCAGGCCAAGGUCUUCAGGGUCGAGGUACAGACGAACCGUGAAGCCAGAGUUCGUCUCCUUCUGCCUCCAGGGUUUAGAGAAACAGAUGAUUUACCGCUUCCGCUGGUGUUACAUGUUUCGGCGGAGCCGGGCCAGCAGCUGGUGACUGAGAAGUGGUGGCCGAGCUGGGGCUGGUACCUCGCGGCCGCCAGGAACUUCAUCGUCGCUGAGAUCGAUGCGAGGGGCAGCGGUGGACAGGGAGAAGAACUCAAAACUGAAAUCUACAACAAACUACUAACAGUGGACGUGGAAGAUCAAAUUGCAGUUUUAUCCUACCUCCGCGAUAACUUGAAGAUGGUGGACGGCAGCCGCGUGGGCGUGUGGGGCCGCGGGUACGGCGGCGGCGCGGCGGCCGCGCUGGCUGCCGGCGACGCGCGCAACGUCACCCGCUGUCUGGCUGUGGUGGCGCCGCUCACAGACCUCACGCACUACAACUCGUACUGGACAGAGCGCUACAGCGGCUACAGAUCGCGCGCGGGCGAGGUCGCGGGCGCGGUGUGGCGACGCGCCGGCAACCUGCCGCCGCGCCGGCUGCUGCUGGCGCACGCGACCGCCGACGUCGCCGCGCCCGAGUACCACUCGCUGGCGCUGGCUCGGGCGCUCAUCAAAGCUGGCGCUGUUUACACUCAUCAGGUGUAUCCGGACGAAGGCCACGACUUCGAACGCUCCACACUGCACCUCUACAAAUCCAUGGAGCAGUUCUUCGACGAGUGCUUCGGCCCCGUGGAGGUGGCCGACUGGGACGCCGGGGGCGUCGGGGGGCUCUUCCCCUUCCGGGACUAGUACUUUGCAUAGGGGUCUUGCCCCUGCGACGCAAACUGACAAAUCUGGACUCUGGACUUAUGUUGAACUUUAAAUUUGUUUAAUCCAACAUUCAAAUUGGAAUUUCUUUAUUUGCAUAAGGUAUUUAUUUCCAAUGUGUUGAUAAUUACAUUGUAAAAGAUACCGAGGCGAAAUUUGGGUCUGCAAUCACAUCUCACUGUCGAGUUGACGCGGACGCAGCUAACCAAUCACAGUGCGCUGUUGAGACGCGACGACAACCACACAGCAUUGUGAUUGGUUAGCCGCGUCUCACUGCGAACCGGCUCGAUAGUGAGAUGUGAAAUGCAAAACCACACGCCCUCUGGUGAUUUUUACAAGCAUUUCUUAUUUUACAGCUAAGUACAAUAAUUUUAAAAUUAAAGAAUUAACUAACUUGUCAACGAAAUAAUAUUACCUGCUAUUAUUUACGGGUUUUUAAAGUCGCAGAGUUUAGAUAAGUGAUAGAGAAAGCCAAAUUAUGACUUCCAAAGUUAACUGAUUGAGUAUUGUUUGAACGGGUACUUAAUACUUGAUUGGUAGUUGAAUGAAAUUAUGCUAAAUUCAAUAUUAAUUUAGGUUUAGUAAAAUUUAGUUUGGAAAAAUCAACAUAAUUUUAUAUAUAUUGUUAUAAUUUGGUUGGACUUCAUGGUAAUCUACAGUUCGUUUAGUCAUAACAUGUGUAGAAGGGGCAUUAUAGAACCACGCCAAAAGAAGGACAGUACUAACUAGAAUUUUUAGACUACAGUAAACUCCAAAAAGCCUAAAAUAAAAAAAAAAGUUUAGAUACGUGACAUUUGUUAACAUGUAGUGUAUAAGUUUAGAACAAACUUAAAAUCCAAAUUAUCCAAAUCGCUUUUAAAACUACAAAAAUAUGCCUUUAGUAGUUUUUUUAUUUAUGAUCUAGCCGAAAAUAGCAGGCAAACCUAAGUUUAACCAACUGAGACUAGCUGCAAUUAGGUCUAGCCGCACUCCGGAGUUUAGCCGUAACAAUUAUAUACCAUAGACCAUUGAAUAUAUUGAAAACACUGUAUUAAAAUAUAAGCAUAUAUGAUUUUUGUUUAAACAUUUGGCCGUAAAGAUAUGUGUUUUUAAUAAGAACAAAUGAUAAUGUUGAUAUUGUUAUGUUACGUUAAUUAUUACAUGCUCAAUUAAUGAGACGCGACGUGAACAGUGAAUAAUGUGUAUAUUGAUAUAUAAUGAUAUUGUGUUCUAUAAAUGGCAUAUAGUCGCAAACAUAAUUUUAAUCCAAAUUAUAUUGGGAAAAACGGGAAUCUCCCAAAGAUUUUCUUAUGAUUAUUGUAAGGAAAAAAAUCUAUAUUUAGCGCGUAAUAAACCAUCUUGUCUAUAUUUCUAUGUCGCUUUUAAUGUCACCUUAAAGAGUAGCUUUAAAAAUAUAUAUACCUAUGUAUGUAUCUAAUAUUUUUUAUGUUUAAAAUAGAAGACGUUUUUAAGCGAUGUGCACUAAAUACAUAUUAUUUAUAAGCAAGAUUAAAAAUAUAUACAAGAUCCAAGUGGUAAAAAAUAUAACUUUUAAACUUUAAUUGACUUCAUUGUUUGUGAAAAUAUAGAAAAUAUCGAUAAAAAAUGAAUUAACUUUUUCUGCAAAUCUCGUCUCAUACUAUCAAACAUUACAUUCCAAUCAAAUUGCACAUCGCUUAAUAUUUUAGUUUAAACUGGCCAGUAACAUAAAAAGUAAAAAAGAAAUGGUUCUUUUGGUUUUUUAUUUUUCUGUUCCAUAUUUUUUUUUAAUGCUGUGUUUAUCGUUCAUGUCUAUGCUUGUUGUCAUAUAGCCUAAUUCAUUUUUAAUUAUUUAAUGUAAAUCAAAAUAUUGGUGCGAUAAAUAUGAUGUUAUAUCAUAAAUUUAGCAAAAAAUAGUUUUUUAAUAUAUUUCUUAGCUCCUAAAUGUAUAUUUUAAAUUGACGUUCUCACCGUAAAUUUUCAUCAUCAUAUAUUGAAAUUUAUUUCGUUUAAUUUAUCUACUUUCAAAUUUUAAAAUUCACAUAACUUUUUUACCACAUGUUAAUUCUUAUAGAUCUAAUCAAUAAGGUGUUGAAAAAAUAUGGAGAAAUCUGAAAUAAAUUAGAGACAUAUUAAUAUUUCAUGAUAGUACAACGUCAUAUUUUUAUUUUUAAUGGUGGAAUCGUCAAAUUAAAAAGCAAUCUAUGACAAAAUUACAAAUGUAAUGUUCUUAAUUUAAAAGUCUAGUCCUAUUCUAGUCGUCUGUAUUUUUGAAUUUGAAAUGAAUGGAUUUUUGAAAUAACAUCUCUUCUAUAUUUCCUUAAAUUAGUGGAUAUAAAUGUUGAUAGAAUACUAAAAUUGUGAUAGGUGUUUAUUUCAGUAUAAUUUAUACCUAAAUAUUGACCCUUUAAAUCGGGCGGGUAAUGUUUAAGCCCCGUCAACUGGUGUAGGUUUACCUGCAUGGUUCAACAGUAUUUUUGUAAUUAAACGAAUUUUUAAAAAUAAUGAAUUACUUGGAUGUAAUUUGUAGUAGGCAGAGUUGGUGAAAAACAUAAAAUUUAGUGAAAAUGAUCACUAACUGCGAUUACAUUUUUUUGUUAGUAAUCGCAGGUACGCGAUUAAUCAUCUUGACUUCUGAUUACUUUGCCUAAUUAAUUUUUUCAUCAUAUUGAUGAACGCAAGGGAAAUAAGGUAUUUGUACAUUGUUACGUAUUAAAGUUUUGCCGAAGCUAUUACUAUUUAUACAAACGAAACAAACUUCACGUAAUCGUAGUUAGUAAUCAAAGUACACAAUAUUAGAUACCCAACCCCCCCCCACCCCCUUACCAACUCUGUGAUACUGAUAUGUUGAAUUAAAAACUUUUUUUUAUUCAUAUAGAUUAUUAGUUUGAUGUUAUAAAUAAAAUGGUAUAAAAUAGAUCUAAAAAAAAUAAAAAUAAACAUUUAAAAAAAAUUAAUGUUUUUAAUUCAUAAGAUCAGUCGACAUUGAAAAAAAAAAGGUUAAAGAAAAUCAAAAAGAGAAUUUAAAAUACACGUAGAGAUUCCAUGUUGAAUUACCCCCAAUUUUAAUGAUAAUUAAAAAUAUAAUUAGAUAUGAAUAAAAAAAAUAGCGCGCGAGCGUUAGUAAUAUAAAAAGCUCGAUGAAUUGUUUAUGUUGAAAUGUUUUUAUAAGAAAAAUAAAAAAUGUUGUUCCCUCU